GGAAACAUUCUAAAGGCCGUCUGACUGCUACUUUCCUUUUUCUACUAAACAAAACACACUGCUACACAAUGAAACGAUCUUUUCUAUCAAUUGUUGAAUGAAAAAAGGCAAAGCCAGGGUAAGAUAGGCGAGACAGGUUUGGGGGAGGGUGAAGAAUGAAGUAGUUAUGUUACAUUUGGUUACUGACCUAACUUCCACAACACGCAACAACUAAAAAGAGAACGUUUAUAAGGGUUUGGAUGUGUUUGCCGUUUGGAUGCAGAUGCAUUCGAGGUAAAACACGAAUGCUAGCGACGACUACAUUUCAGAUGCAUGUACUAAUUCAAAUGUCUCUGAAAAGAACAAUAGAUCUGGCUAUCUGCUAUAUGCUAAAAUCAAUGAGCGUUGCGUUAGGUACCUAACCUACCUUACAAUAUUCCGAUAUUUGUAGUUUGUACUUCUGUAGUGGACUUACAGCAUAUUAUUUAGGAUGUAAAAUCAAUAGGAAAUAUUCAAAACAUCGUUAAAAGUGCGCCUAAUGGGUGGAAGAAUACCAGAAGAAGGUAGAGUCGAGGUGAAAAUAGGAAAUUCAGAUUGGGGCGUAAUCUGCGGCGAUAGUUGGAGUCUUCUAGAAGCAAUGGUCGUAUGUAAAACACUUGGUUUAAACUACGCCAGUAACGCUGCCCAAACCAAUUUCUUCGGUGGCAAUGCAUCAAAUAUGAUUCUAAGCGGAGUUGAUUGUCGAGGCAACGAGUCCAGGCUAGAUCAUUGCAUGAUUACUGAUCCUUCCACAACAGAGUGUCCAGGAAACAGGGACCAGAUAGCGGGCGUUGUUUGUACAAACGUUCUACCAGAUUUAAUCAUCGAUACAGACGAGUUAGAAAGAUCAGCGUAUUUGGAAGAUAAACAGUUAUAUUUCUUGCAAUGUGCUAUGGAGGAAAAUUGUCUAGCUUCCUCCGCUUAUAGCAUACAAAGAAAUAAGAAGGGCAACUGGCACAUGCAAACCAGAAGAUUAUUACGAUUCACUGCUAAAAUCACCAAUAUCGGUAAUACGGCAUUUCGACCUUUUAUUCCAAAACAUCUAUGGGAAUUUCACCAAUGCCACAUGCAUUACCACAGCAUGGAGAUAUUCGCCACAUUCGACGUGUUGGACCAAACCGGCGUCAGAGUAGCUGAGGGACACAAGGCAUCGUUUUGUUUAGAAGAUAAUCAGUGUACAUCAGGAGCGAGUCCAUUUUUCUCCUGUGCUAAUUACGGUGACCAGGGAAUAUCUGUGAAUUGUUCGGAUAUUUACAGACAUCAUAUUGAUUGCCAAUGGGUCGAUAUAUCGGAACUUAAUCCAGGAAUUUACACGUUCAAGGUAUCUAUUAAUCCUGAAUUCAAAGUGGCCGAGAUGACUUUUGCCAACAAUGUUGCCAUAUGUACGAUGUAUUAUGCAGAAACAUUCGUUAGAAUUUAUAAUUGUUACGUUCAACAUCCUUGAAAUUUCAUCCAAGUAUCUACGUAUGUAAUUCAGUCGAGUCGAUUACCCUAGUCUUAGUCAUAAAGAAAUUACUUUUUAUCAACCAGUUGAUUGUAUUUUUGAGCACUGAUGGUUUGAAAUAUACAUACAUACCUACACUAAUCGCGUGUACAGUAAAUUAAAUCGUUAUUCGAAAUA